AAUUUAGUUACGCAUUUUUCCAGAUGGCAAUUAAAUCGUUGUUUGUAACUGACAGUUUGUUUUUGAUGCUGGUUUCGGUUGUUGUUUUUUUUUAAAUGUAGUUGUAUUAGUUUUGUUUAUUAUUUUUUUAAACCAUGGAUGAAGAACAAAAUGACACGCUUGGAAGAACAUUUAUGAGUACUAUAUUUACAAAUACAAAGAAAACUAGACAAUUUUUUAGUUUUCGAGAAGAUCAAGAUGAACCUGUAGAAUAUGACGAGACUUUCGAACAAUUGAUGAAACAAACAUGGACAAUGUGGGGAGUGUCUUCUUUAUUUGAUUUUGAAUAUAAUGAUGAGGUAAAAAUGAAAUUAUACGCUAAAAAAUUACGAGAAGAAGUAUCACGUUCAUUAUUAAAAGAAAAUGUCUCCUACACUGCAAAAUUUACAUUAAUGGAUGAUUUGGGACCAAAACCAAGUCCUAAUGAUGUUCCUGCUGUUCGGAUAGAAUUAUUCGCCACCUUGGGAACAGUAGAAACACGUGUUUACAUGGGAUUUUUAAUUUCAUGGCGAACUAAUUCAGUUGAAUUAAUAUUUGACAAUUGUGUAUGUUUACCAUUACUUUUAUGUAAAGGCACUCAAAGUACAAUAAAAGCUGUUCAUUCGGUUUUACAACGAAUGUUUAAUUGUAUUGUUACUGGACUUUCAAUUAGUGAUAAUGAUCUUAAAUGGCUUACUGCAAUUAAUUUAAGUGCUGAAGCUUCGAAAGGAAAAUCAAAAGAUGAUUUAAUAGUAUUUGAAUACGUAGUGCCGAGAUUAUCACUCACAGACACUAUAAAAAUUAAUUUUGUCUACAAGGAUUUAAGAAAACUAUGGUCACACGUCUGCAUAACUAAUGACGAGGGAAGUAAACAAACUAUUCGAAUAGAAAAUGUGGAAAAACUUUUUAAAAUUAUUGACAGACAAAUGUAUGAUUUGUCUGGUUUAAAUUUAGGACUAUGUAGACUCAAUAAAAUUAGUCUACCAUCUUUUUCAAUUGCAGGAAAUAGAAUGAAAGUAACGAAUCCAGAAACUCUUAAUAACAUAUUGUUAUUUUUAAAUGAAAUUGCAAUGGAAAUUGUUAAUAUCAAUUCUAGUAAUUCUAGUAAUACGUCAUUAGCAAGUGAUGUACGAUGAAUUUAAAUGUCUUUCUUCGUUAUUUAAUUUCUAUCCUUGUUUAUAUUAAUUAUUCAAAUCAAAUUGAUUUUUACAUCCAAAUUAAUAUUUGAAGUUUUUUUUUAUGUAAACGUAGUUUUUUUUUUAUUUAUUACGUUUUUUGUAAUUCCAUAAAACACUUGGUAGUUCAUUUUGUUUUAAAUGUUGUAACACAAAAUAUAAAUAUACUUCUUCCAAAAAAACAAAUAAAAAAUCGUCGAAAAAUAAAAUAAUUAUACAUCUAUGAAGUUUCAUCGGAAACGGUCUCCAUCUGAAAAUAGAA